AUGGAGACUGAUAAUAAUAAUAAUAAUAAUGACACUACUACUCAACAACAAACAGAUCAAGAAGAAGUAGCAUUUAUUGAUCCAAAUGAAGGAGGAGAAGAACUUAUUAUUGAUAACAAAGAAGAAAUGAUGGAUGAUGACGAUGAUGGUGAAGAUGUAGGAAUAGAAGGAGAACAAGAAGGAGAAGGAGAAGGAGAUGAAUCAAUGGAAGAAGAUUUUGAAGAUGAAUCAGUACAAGGAUUUUUUGAACAUACAGAUUCAGUAUAUUGUGUAGCAAUUAAUAGUGUACAUCCAGAUGUUAUUGUGACUGGAGGAGGUGAUGAUGUUGCUUAUCUUUGGGAUAGAUCGACCGGUGAAAAGGUACAUAAGUUGGAAGGUCAUACCGACAGUAUCGCCGCUGUAAAAUUCAAUGGUGACGGUAGUUUGGUAGCCACUGGUGGUAUGGAUGGUUAUGUCAAGAUUUGGGAUGUCGCAACUGGAAAAUUGACUCAAAAUUUGGAAGGUCCAAGUGAAGCUAUUGAAUGGAUGCAAUGGCAUCCACGUGGCAACAUUAUCUUGGCUGGUGCCGCCGAUUUUUGUACAUUUAUGUGGGUCACUUUAAAGGGUGAUUUGGCGGCCACCUUUGCCGGUCACAGUGGUCCAGUCACCUGUGGUAAUUUCACUCCAGACGGUAAACGAGUUGUUACCGGCUCUGACGAUGGUUCCAUUCGUGUCUGGAAUCCAAAAGAUUCAACUUGUAUGGGUGUCAUUCAAGGUCAUGGUUUCCAUGAAAACCUCAUCACAUCCUUGGCUAUUCGUAACGACAAUUAUCUAGUCAUCACUGGUGGUGAAGAUCAUUUUGCCUGCAUCUCUAAUAUUAAUACUGGUAAAUGUGUUGGUAGAUUAACUGGUCAUUCAGAUUCUGUUCAAAUUGUUGCUUUUAGUAAUUUAAAUAAUUUUGCAUUUACAGGAUCAUCAGAUGGUACAGUUAGAGUUUGGGAUAUUGCAACAUUCCAAACAAGAUCUAUUCUAAGACACAAGGAAGGAUCUGAUAUUACAAAGAUUGUUCCACAUCCAACACAACCAAUUCUUUAUACUUCAUCGACCGAUCGUACCAUUUGUGUUUGGGAUGAAAGAAAUGGUCAAUUGAUUAAACAAUUCAAGGGUCAUCAAGAUUCCAUUUUAGAUUUUGAUAUUACUCCUGAUGGUUCCAUUGUUGCUACUGCUUCUGAUGAUAAAGUUUCCUUAAUCUUUUCUUUACAACAACCACAACAAUAA